ACAGCAGAGCUCACACAAGGACGCAGGGCUUGUGAGCGUUUCUGGAGAGGAAGUUCUCACAGAGAGAGGGACACAGCAGACAGCAGGCACCAUGGAGUCCCCGACCAGCCCUGCAAGCAGGCGGCAUGUCCCCUGGAGCAGGCUCCUGCUGGCAGUCUCACUGUUAACUUUCUGGACCCCGCCCACAACUGCCCAGGUCACUAUUGAAACGGUGCCCCGCCUUGCUGCAGAAGGGUCAGAUGUUCUACUUGCCCACAACGUGUCAGAGAAUCCUCUAGCCUAUUCCUGGCACAGAGGAGAAAGCGUAGACAACACCCAGCUAAUUGCAUCGUAUAGGGUAGAUAAUAAUGCAACUACCAAUGGGUCUGUAUACAGUGGACGGGAGACACUUUAUCCCAACGGAACCCGGCUGAUCCAGAACGUCACCCAGAAAGACACAGGAUCCUACACGCUGCUCGUUACAAAGAAGGAUUUACAGACAGAAAGACAGGCUGGACACCUCCACGUGCACCCGGUGCUACCCACACCCGUCAUCACCAGCAACAACUCCAACCCCAGGGAGCACGAGGACACUGUGGUGUUAACAUGUGGAUCUGAGACCCAGAACACCUCCUACAUGUGGUGGAUCAACAAUCAGAGCCUCCCCAAGAGCAUGAGGCUGAAACUCUCCAAGGACAAAAGGACUCUCAUACUAGUCGCCGUGACAAGGAAUGACACAGGACCCUAUGUGUGUGAAGCCCGGAACCCAGUGAGUGUCAGCCGCAGUGACCCAUUCACCCUGGAUGUCCUCUGGCAAGAAAACAGCCGAGCCCUCGGUGUGGGGGCCAUUACUGGCAUCGUGAUUGGGGUCCUGCUUGUGCUGAUACUGCUGGCUGGCCUGGGGCGUUUCAUUUUCCUUCACAGAGGAAACUGGCCUGCAGUGUCCACCUCAGGACGUGGUCCCUCUGGCAGCUCUGUCUCCCAGGCCUCCCUACCUGAUGCCAGGCCACCAGCUCCCAUCUACCAGGAAUUACUAUGCCGCGACACAGACGUUUACUGUCGUAUCAGCCACAAAGCAGAUGUGGGUCCUUAGUUCCUCCAGACACGUCUCCUUAACAGACUGUGGGAAAGAGCUUACCUGAGACCCAAGUCCCGAGUGAGGUCAAGAGGAAGAGCUUGAGGCAGAGAACCAGCUCUGAGACCUGAGGCUAUUCAGGAACCUGGGCCCAGGCUCAGGGUUGAUUUCUGGAGACCCUGACGGGCUGCCCUGAACCCUGGGUUGACCAGAACUUGGGCUGCGAUUCCCACAGUUGGAGGAGGUUUCAACAGUCAAGUAACUGGGCCUGUGACCCACUGCGGACCACCGGAGAGAUCUGAAUAAAGAGCACUUUCCUUCUGGCUGCAAAAUG